AUGUCAGCAUCACCACGGCAGAACAUGCAAGACUCCGGUGCUAGUCCCUCAGAAGGGACCGAGACGCAAGUCUCUUUCGUCGCUGGUCUGGUUAAGAAGAUGGCCAAAAUUCAUCCAUUUGUGACCGACCCGCCUAAACACCUGAGAUCCAAAAUUGAUCUGACUUGGAACACGUUCGUGAUGUCAGAUGACAAGGAUAAAUCUGUCAUCGACACGUUGUUCGCAAUCAUGGAAGAAUGCGGCCCGGGUCUCGAAAACGGAGCUCGCUCACGCAAGGAUGGUGUGACUGCCUUCUUCGAUUUCAACCGCAAGCUUGCCCACGUUGAAGCAGUCGAGGUGGUCCGAGAGCUGACCGCAGAGGUGACGGCCAUGUACGGGGUCGACAAGACAGACUAUCUCGAUCCCAGACUUGUGCUAUCCAUCCACGAAGCACUGUGCUCGAAUGUCGAUAAUAUCAGUCAGUAUCAUGAACGAGACAACGAGUUGAAGCUGGGAGAUAUGCUCGACAAGGAUUCUCUCUACCUCUUUCUUUUCCAUUGUAGCAACUUCAUCCCGUCUUUCUUUGUUAGCAAAGACGUCAUUCUCGAGGUGGUCAAGAUGCUAAUGCCUCUUUGCGAGGAUCGCAACCGUCUUUCCCAUGGUGCAUCCUUGCAGAACGCGGGCAACAUCGAAGAAACAGCACCUCAGCCGACAUCCUACCCCAACUUUCGAAUCUUCCUAUGGAGCCUGGUGUCGCAUAUGGAAGCUGUAGACAAAGCUAUUGAGAGAGCCCGAGGGCAUUCCAAUCACGCAGCCAUGGAAGACCUAAUGAAAAUGAAGGACCUGGAAAAUGAAGUCCAUGCUGCCCUAGCCACAACAUUGUACGAGCAAGUUAAUCCUCAUGCUCUCCAGUACGAUAUUGACGCAUGGUUCCGCGCUCAGUCCGAUAAGGACAUGGUCACAUCGACUGACAAAGUGGUGGAAACUGAACUGCCCAACUGA